AUGGCGGACGAGACGGAGGUGGAGACGGUCACGCGCAUCCAGGCCGUCGACAUCCGGGACUUGUACCCGGAGCUGGCACCGGAAGACGCGACCUCGCGCGUGUGUCUGCUGUGCGGCGCCAAGCUCAAGGACAAGACGCACAACCUCACGCGGCAUCUGGAGCGACACCACGCCGGGGCGCUCCUGCAGCUGCUGGAGCAGCGCAACCAGGCGUCGCCCAGUGUUUUGGCCACCAGGACCAGGCGCGCGCAGCAGGAGAAGACAGCGGCGGCCGCGGCCAGGCAGUCCGCGGGGCCAGUGGAGGACGCUCUGCUCAAGGCUGGAGACGCCAAGCUGGCGCUGGCGAGAUGGCUUGCCCAGGAGCAGCUACCCGUCGACCUGAUCGAGAAAUCCGGCUUCCGCGAGUUCAUCGAGGCGCUGAAUGGGCAGUUCAGCCCGCCCAAGCAGGAGGAGCUCCGCCAGCUGCUGGAGACGCUGAUGAUGGCGCUGCGAGCGACAUGUCGAUGCAGUGAGGACUCCCCGAUGGUGACAUACAGUCGAGUUGCGUGCGACAUCGUCGAAAAUGGAGAAGCCAAAGUGCGGGUCUUGAGAGCAGCCGCGUCGCUCUUCGAUGCGCAGACUUGUCGUGGCAGCGUGCUAGGCAAGAACGGAGUGCUCGGUAGGUCUUUCGUCGGGAGCAGCAGCCGCAGUUCCUCCUGUCUCGGCGUUAGUGCGUCCAGCGGCGCGCUCGCCGACUACAUCGUGCUGCCAGUCUCCAAUCUGUGCGCGGUGCCGCCCGCCGUGCCUGACGACUUGGCUCUUCUAGCAGACGAUGUUGCUGUCGUCCUCUCGAUCGUCAGCGAGUUGCAGCGGCGGCACGUGACCAACGUCGCCAUUUUGUCUGACGGCCCGUCGACGAUCCUCUCCUCCUUGUUGACGCGAUACCUGCACCAAGAUCUGCAAGCCCCCGCCCAAAACCUGCACGUCUUCUCCACGUCGACAACAGGCAGCUCCGCGUGGUCCCCGCACGCCUCCUACACCUCUCUAGAUAUUUAUCAGCCGGCAGCCGUAGCUCACGUGCUCUCGCAGCAGACCGAGCUGGCGCUGGAAGCCGUCGUGGACCUCAUCGGCUUCGAGGCCUCCGCUGAGUUGGCCACGUCGCUGGUGCAGUCCAUGGGCUGCGUCGUGCUCGUGGACCGCUCGAGGCUGGAGCUGCAUUCGCGCGCCAGCGUCGCCAUGGACAUGAACGCCGUCGUGGUGCGCGAGCUGGAGGUCGUGAGCGUGCCCGACUGUCGCAGCUACUUACGCGCCGCGCUCGAGUACCUGGCGGCACAGGCUCAGAGUCAGCAGAGCGCCACCGAGUUGCGCGCGUUCCUGCUGGACGGCGUGGCGCUCUCGCAGGCGCUGCCCGAGCUCCAGACGAUCGCGGAGCACGCCGUCACCGAGCGGUAUCUUCAAGUGGUCCCGUAG